ACGGGUCAGACUGUCCUCGGAACCUCCCUUCUCCUUCUUGCUCACUACGGACGUAUUUUGAUGGAGCACACGGAGCGAACACGGCGGGAUACUCAUGUUAAAACGUGAACUGACAGCAAGAACUGCACAUUUCAUCUCGAAAAUAAACUUUUUAAUGUCACAGAGGUAAACAACAAAUGGUAGUUACCAUUUCAAAGAUGGAGUCCCUUGCCCCAAAUGCUGAGGUUCGUCUAGCCGUGGCCCAGUGUUUCCGGACCCUCACUACAUCCACGGAUACCAAAGACAUUAUCACGACUCUUCACACACUUCACUCUUACUUGGAUGAAGGACCAGAGAGUAGAAGCUCCUCAGUUCAGCGGGCAGAGUUCAGGAGAGCUCACUUCUCUCGUACCCUUCAGUUCCUUGUCAGCAACAUCCAGGCAGACUGGUUGCCCAGCCUCACAGCAGCCCAGCGCACAGAGUUAUGGGACGGCCUGUUCCUGAAAGGUCCUCCAGAGCAGGCGCUGCUGGUGCUGAUGGAUGGAGUAGGAGAGCUGAGAGCCGGCACAAAUCUGGACCACGUGGUCAGCAUCACGGAGAAGUUCCUUCAGCGUGGUCGUCUCGCUGACCUGCUGUGGUCCUACUGUCUGCAGACGGCCCCCUCUGACUCCCCUCAGCUCCGAGAGACUCUGCUGGCACGUAUUGUGGCGCUGCCGGACCUCACCGCCAACAGGUUACAUCUGAAAAACAAGCCUCUUUUUCUUCCUCAGCAGUACUACCCACUGCUGGCCACAGAGAUGCUCACUGCCCUGGAGCGGACCUGCCAAGCGCUCAAAGAUGGCACAGACUGCUCCUUGACCUUUGUGGCUCAGACACUUGGAAAAGUGUGUAUCCAGGGCCAUAGUGGUCUGGUGCUUGCCGUGAUGGCUCCUCGUCUGUCUGUGUGCACACGCUCAGACAUGGUGUGGCAGAGGGUUUGCUGGAAGCUGCUGGAGAACGUUCCACAGCGAUGGAUGGAGAGCGUGCUCACUGGACUGGUGCAGGCGGUCAACGGGCCUGAUGCCUUGGGCAGGAUUAUUGGGAAUCUAGCGUUAACAAAUAAAAAGGCCCAGUUUGUCAUCACCCAUAAACUCCUGUUACUGCAGUACAAGUACGAGACUCGAGUCUUGAGAACCGUCCUGGGUCACCUCGCAGCAGACAGGGAGCGGAGGCCACUGCUCAUCCAGGUGUUACGGUCUCUGUCCCAGGCCUGGGCUAACCCCAGUGCAGUGAAGCACACGCCUCUGGAGCAGCAGCUGUAUGUCAGCAAGGCCUUACUGCUCAGCGUGAGUCUGCUGAGAGACGCUGAGCUACAGGAGCUCCGCUCGGAGUUACUUCAGUGUAUGCUGGGCGGCAUGCAGAGCCACCUGGACAGCAGCGUGGUGCGUAUCAGGCAUAUGGGCAUGGUGGUGGGAGAGUGCCUGAGCUCUCGCAUGGAUAUCAACAACACCAAGCUCAAGUUUGAGUACGAUCAGGACGAGGAAACUCGAGCGCUGCUUUCUCUGAUGACUCCCGUCACCGGUGACGAGCCAGAGGCGGAGCCAUGUGAACGGGUAAGUGUAGUGGCGUCUCCUCGUGAGACUCCAUCUACUCAGAAUGUACCGUCUCAAAAUAAGUCCAACACCGAGCCAGACUCCGACCUGGACAGCGAUGACGAGCUCGCUCCGUACGAUAUGUCUGCCGAUGAGAAGAUGAGUAAAGAAUCCCCGCCCCGCUACCUGCGAGACUGUCUGGAAACUUUAAUGUCCUCUGAGGACCCGGAGCGCGUGGAGCUCAGUUUGAGAGUCGCUGACGGUUUGGUGAGGAAGAACGUGUUUGCAGCCAGAGAGAUCAGUGUCCAGCUGACCAAAGUGCUUCUUCACAUGGAGGAUAAAUACAGCAUGACUGGCUUCCUGAGUGUCAGACAGGCGGCCAUGGUGGCGCUCACUGUCACCGACUGUAUCCCUGUGACUCAGUAUUUGACCUCAGAGUUUUACUCCUUGAACUACAGCCUUCGCCAGCGGCUCGAUAUCUUGGAGGUCCUCGCUCUGGCAGCGCAGGAACUCUCGAAGCCAACCGCUGAAAAGAGAGAUCCAUCUAUAAGUAUCGCCGGCGCCACUGAUUCGACUCCGUACCCUGGUGAGGACCCUGUUCACUGGAGACACGUGGUAGAGAAGCGGAUUCAAAGCAAGACAAAACGCCUCAGACAGGGUGUCACACGACCUCCGGCUGAGGCCAGCCCCAACCGCUACGCCCCUGUUGCUGGACACUUCUUUUUUCCUCUGCUCAGCAAUUAUGACAAGCCUCAGGUGACCUUUGACCUUUUUGGCGGCGACCAUCUCGUCCUGGGCCGGUUGAUCCACACCUUGGGCCUCUUCAUGCACCUGGCGGUCAAUGCACCGAUAGCGGCGCAGAUGGGUUGUGCUUUACUGGACUUUGUGUGGUCAGUGCGUUACCAUGUUGACCAGAUGGUGAGACGAGGCGUCCUGUUCGCUGUUUGCUCUGUGUUUCUGAGCAUGCCCAGUCAGAACCUGCUGCUGGACCUCAGUGAGCAGCUGUUUGACACCAGAACUUGGCUGGCAGAUGUGGCUGAAGGAGACCCUGAUGAGGAUUGCCGGAGUCUGGCUAUACAGAGUCUGGUACUGCUGGAUAAGAGCCUGAAGAGACAGCUACAAGAUCAACAAGCACUGAGCACAGAGUCAUGAUCACAGCAGCAACCAUGAACAAUGAAACACUGACCGUGUCUCCGAUGUCGAUCGGGCUUUACUGUACCCCCGUCUCAUCCUCGCGGAGCCCACGAGGACCGACGUCGAUGGAAGUGAUGUUCUGGAUAUUUGCAGACACAUUUUCAUAUCCUGGAACACAAACUGGCAACCAUCUCUUUCUGCAUAACUAAAUCAUGCACACACACGGUAUUGUUUAGAUGAACAUAGUGUAUAAUUUAUGAACCAGAUAAAAUAUUGAUUGAGUGGAGAAUAGGAUGCCAUUUUUGUCCACCAAUAAAAUGUCACGAGGA